UAUCGGUUAGUAUGCAGCUAGCCAGCGAGCUAACUCCAUCGUUUCCAGGUUUCGUGUCGACCUGAAAAACAUAAAACCGAGAGAGACACAGGAAGACUGCGCGUCGGAAUACUUUUAAAAUCCAGGCUGCAGCGAAAAUCGGGACGAUGCCGCACAACUUUAGUCCUGGAGACCUGGUUUUCGCUAAAAUGAAGGGAUACCCCCACUGGCCAGCUAGGAUUGAAGAUGUGGCAGAUGGAGCAGUGAAGCCGCCCCCUAAUAAAAUCCCAAUUUUCUUCUUUGGAACACAUGAAACAGCAUUCCUUGCACCAAAGGACCUCUUCGCCUACGAAAAAUACAGAGAACGGUAUGGAAAGCCCAACAAAAGGAAGGGAUUCAAUGAAGGUUUAUGGGAGAUUCAAAAUAAUCCACAUGCUUCCUACAGUGCCCCACCUAUACCGCCUAGCUCAUCUGACAGUGAGGGUGACAAUGCUGGAGCACGAAGUGAUCAGGAGGAUGAGGAGGAGGAGGAGGAGGAGGAGCAGGAGGAGGAGGAGAAGAAUGUAGUGGCUCCAAGGAAAGCCGACUCGGCUAGCGAGGAUGACUCAGAUUCAGGGAGUGAAGACCGAGGAAGGGGAGGAGGAAUGAAGCGAAAACCACAGGCUCCCAAGCGUCCUCCUCCUCCUAAAAAAGCUCGAGGUUCUUCCAGUGACAGAGAUCAAGAGGAGAGUGGAUCUCCUUCUGAAUCCGAACCCACCCCUUCAGAGUCCGACUCCGGCAAGAACAGUGACCAGGAUUUUACUCCUGAGAAGAAAUCUGGUGGACGAGGUGGCAAGAAACCAGGUGGUCGAGGCAAGAAGAAGAAAGCUUCAUCCGGCUCAGAUUCCGACUCUGGAUCAGAGGUGGAAAAGAAAGUAGUGGACAGCGACUCUGAGGACGAAAAGCCUCGGCCUGCUCUGUCUGGCUCAGAAUCCCAGUCGGGCUCAAAGUCUGAGUCGGAUUCUGACUCGCCUCCUCGGAAAGGUCCACAGCCACGCAAGAAAGAGAAACCUGCACCAAAGCCUCGUGCACGGAAACCUAAACCUGCCCCAGCACCAAAACGAGCACCUUCAUCAUCCUCUGACAGCGACAGUGACAGUGAGCCAGACCGCAUCAGCGAAUGGAAGAAACGUGAUGAAGAGCGCAGGCGAGAGCUGGAGGAGCGACGGAAAAAGGAAGAGGCAGAGGAGCUCCGCCGGCUGCGAGAGAGAGAAAAAGAGGAAGAAGAGAAAAAGAAAAAAGACAAAGACAAGGCCAAAAAAGGGAGCGACAGUGACGGCAGCAGUAGUUCAGAUGAAGGAAUAGAUGAUCAUCCUUUGAAGAAGUCCAAGAAACCUCCUCCUCCCCCGAUACCUGCACCUUCCGACUCUGAUUCUCCACCACCGGCCGAGGUGAAGAAAUCAUCCAAGAAGUUAGAUAACCAGAAGAAGGCACGAGUAAAGAAAGAGAAGGAAAGAAAAGAAAGAAAGGAAAGAGAGCUAAAAGAGAAGAAAGCCAGGCGGUCAGAGGAGAAGUCCAGAGCAAGGUCUAAGCCAGAAAAACCCAAACGAAGACCAGAGAGGGUGCCAGAGAAGAAAGUGGAAAAGAAAAAGGAGCCAUCACCAGAAGAAAGGCUGCAGAAACUUCAUACAGACAUUAAGUUUGCACUUAAAGUGGACAACCCAGACAUUGAGCGAUGUCUACAAGCACUGGAAGAACUUGAGAUGGUACCCGUCACCAGCCAGAUUCUCCAUAAGAAUGCUGAAGUUAUUGCCACAUUAAAAAAGAUUCGACGGUAUAAAGCCAGCGCUGCAGUCAUGGCGAAAGCUAGUGACGUGUACAACAAGUUAAAACUUCGCUUUGUUAGUAAGGGUGAGAUGCCAACUAAACCUAAAACAGAAGACAAGGAUCCAGAGAAUGAUCAGAAGGAAACACAAAACACUGAAUCUACCCCAGUAAACGGUGAAUCAGAGGAGAAAAAAAAUGAUACAGAGGUGGAUGAAAAACCAAAAUCACCUGCAGAGGAGGAAAACAAGGACGAUGCAUCUUCAAGUCCAAACAGACCCAGCACAGACAGCCCAGUUGAACAAGAGACACACACACAAGAAGAGGCGGACAGCUCCAUCUCUGCAGACACGGAACCACCAGCUGUAGAAAGCUGAAAGCCCCUUCACAGCCCCACGCAGCGGACCAAGUGCUAGAAGAUGGUGGCCUCUGAUUAACGUCACUCAGCCCAACACCAGAGCAGCACACGCCGAGCAUUUCCCACAGCAUCUCUUAUGCCAUUGUUGAUGUUUUUGACAUUUUGUGGUACAAAGAAAUCAAACCAGAAAGCUCCUCCACUCAAACCAUUUGGCCCUUUUUUCUUUUUCUCUAUCUUUUUUUUUUUUGUUCCACAGCAAAAAGCAAAGCUUCUUAGUGGAUACUUUUUGGCACUGCGUAAAACUGUCUUUGUUUCUGAAAUGUACAUCUGUUUUUGUCCAACACUCAGUCUGACUGAAUCCUCACCUCAAAGACCUCCUGGCUGCUUUAUUUCUAUCACCUGAACUCUUUACUUUGAGCUUUCGUACUGUAUGUAUAUUAAAAGAUGACAUUUUUAGCCCCUCUAACUGGACUAUAGCCGGAGUAGUAUGAGAUGGACUUGAAUGAUUUUUUUUUUUUUCAGGGAGAUCUGAAAGAAUUAAGUCAUGCAGUUAUUGUGUUUCUUUGAGGAUUUUAUGGGGCUCUCGGAUCAUUUUUGCUUCAUUUUAUAAAGUCUGCCUAACAUCACAAGGGCCUCUUGUCUGUGUGUAUGGCAUCGUGAGACUGGUGAAGUACUAUUUGUGAGUUUUGUUUUUUUUUAAAGUUUAAUAUUUUUUAAUUAUUUCGUCUAGAUCCAUUUACUCCAGUCUGAAAUGUAUAAGCCACUGAAAGCUGUUUUCCAACUGAGGUCCACUUACUUUUUUUUAUUGCCUUGUUUUCAUAAAAUUACAGUUUUGUCUGAAGUCAUAAUCGCUGUGGAGUUAAAAACAUUGCACUCUCCUCUAGUGUCUGCUGUCAGUAACGUGCAUAUUGAACUGAAUAACCAUACAGACUGAAAACUGCCUGUAAAAGCUCUCAUGAACUCAUAUAGCUGCAGUUUAUUUAGACAGUUUUCCCACCAUGUGCAUACAUGUGUUUUUAGUGCUAUGUAAAUUGGUAAAGCGUUUUUAUGACUUAGUUGAGACUUGGAAUAAAAAUCUCAGCAUGG